AUCACUUCCGGUGGAGACGUGGCUCUGACGGCCAUAUUGGACCUGUGGGGAGUGAAACAGGCAAUCGAAGACACUAAGUGCCAGCAACCAUCACUUAAACAGCGUAGAAACUGAGCAGAGCACCCCGGAGCCUCUGACACACUGAUUAAUCAUGGUGCUGCUGGCAGCGGCGGUCUGCACUAAGGCUGGCAAGGCUAUCGUGUCACGGCAGUUUGUGGAGAUGACCCGUACACGCAUUGAAGGACUUUUGGCUGCCUUCCCCAAGUUGAUGAACACGGGCAAGCAACACACCUUUGUGGAGACAGAAAGCGUACGUUAUGUCUAUCAGCCCCUGGAGAAGCUCUACAUGGUGCUCAUCACUACCAAGAACAGUAACAUUUUAGAAGAUCUUGAGACCUUGCGUCUCUUCUCCAGAGUGAUACCAGAAUAUUGCCGUGUGCUGGAAGAGACAGAAAUAUCGGAUCAUUGUUUUGAUCUCAUUUUUGCCUUUGAUGAGAUUGUUGCACUUGGAUACCGGGAGAAUGUAAAUCUAGCACAGAUCCGCACAUUCACAGAGAUGGAUUCCCAUGAAGAGAAAGUGUUCCGUGCAGUGCGUGAGACACAAGAGCGUGAAGCCAAGGCUGAAAUGCGCCGUAAAGCCAAGGAGCUGCAGCAGGCUAGACGGGAUGCAGAGAGGUCAGGAAAGAAGGCCCCAGGGUUUGGAGGAUUUGGUAACUCUGCAGUAUCCAGCAGCAACAACACCUCAAUCAUUGCAGAUACACUCAUGGAACCAGAGAAGCCCAAAGUAACUCCUGUUCCUGUCAGACCAUCUGGUCCCAGCAAAGCCCUAAAACUUGGAGCCAAGGGGAAGGAAGUAGACAACUUUGUUGACAAGCUGAAAUCCGAAGGUGAGACAAUUAUCCUAUCAGGAUCGGGGAAGAGGCCCUCUGAAGCCGCCAAAGUGCUUUCACCUCCUAUAAACAUGGAAAGCACACACCUGAAGAUAGAGGAGAAAAUUUCACUUACCUGUGGAAGAGAUGGAGGACUACAAAACAUGGAAGUUCAUGGCAUGAUAACACUCCGGGUAUCGGAUGAAAAGAGUGGUCGUAUCCGUGUGCAUGUAGAUAACGGUGACAAGAAGGGUAUCCAGUUGCAGACUCAUCCAAAUGUAGAUAAGAAGCUGUUUACUUCUGAGUCACUCGUCGGUUUAAAGAAUGCAGACAAAUCCUUCCCUCUUAACAGUGAUGUGGGUGUACUCAAAUGGAGGCUACAGACCACCGAUGAGUCUCUCAUACCCCUUACCAUAAACUGCUGGCCAUCUGAAAGUGGUAGUAGUACCUGUGAUGUCAACAUAGAGUAUGAGCUACAGGAGGAGAAUUUGGAACUUAACGAUGUGGUCAUCAGUAUCCCAGUGCCGUCUGGUGUUGGUGCUCCUGUCAUUGGUGACUUGGAUGGCGAAUAUCGGCAUGACAGCCGACGAAACAUUCUCGAGUGGUGUCUGCCUGUCAUUGAUGCAAAAAAUAAGUCCGGCAGUUUAGAAUUUAGCAUUGCUGGCCAGCCCAGUGAUUUUUUUCCUGUCCACGUCUCCUUUGUGUCCAAGCGCAACUUCUGUGAUAUACAGGUCUCCAAAGUGACUCUUGUCGACUCAAAUGAUGCAGUGAAAUUUUCUACAGAGACUUCAUUUAUGGUGGAGAAAUAUGAAAUACUGUAAACACAAAGAGACCAAAAAUUUGAAAAAAAAAGAAAAGAAAAAAAUGAAGCAGCUGACUAUCUCUGUCUCGGUGGACACAUUUGUAAGCAGCCAGUACUGGACUGGACCAGGGACCUCCUGGUGUGGUAUUUUUUUUUUCCCCCCCUUUCGGGAGAGCUUUGGUUUCACGGAAGUGGAUGAGACCCUCAUGGAUUGCUGAGUGCUGCUUUUGUUGAGUGGGAGGAGACAUGGCCCUCAGCAAUUCAGAGGCCCUUCUUCUGUCUGAUGCCUCCUCCCAGUGGCUCCUGCCAGGAGGACAAGACCGAGUCUGAGGAGUUAGUGUUCUUCCCCCAUAUCCCUUCUUGGCAACCCCCUCGCACCUCUGGUCUGGGUGGCUGCAUGUUUUGACCCCUGGUGAGUUGGGGACAUUUUUAGGAUUUUCUUUUCGUGGGAGAUCAGCUUCCUGUACAAAUUGUUAGAGGAUGACAUGACAUUCCAGUGUAAAGAUGAAUAAAUAAAAGUUCUUUAAGUGAUUAAAGUGUAUUAUAGUAAAAGAA